AAGCGGCACGAGUGUGACAAUUUGCGUACCAAAGACCGCAACUUGUAGGCCUAUGGUCGUCGAUAGUACAUACAAACGCGGUACCUAGUAUUCAUCCACGGCGUUGAGCUCGGAGAGCGUCGGUACAAUAUUCACGCCGAGACUUGGGAGAAAGCUUUCAGGUGCUGUUUGCUUUUGUUGACGGCACUCAGCGCAAGCCAUCAUGAACGGAGAACAUCAAGAGCAUCGUCCUCGCACUUUCCGCCACCGACUUUCCGUCACCGUUAUCAAGCUAGCCAUCGUCACCGUCAUUCUAAUAUUUUUCACCAAGUUCGCCUACAACUACGCCCGAAAUGUGUUCCAAGCGCGAAAGAUUGGGCUACCAGUGAUUCUUACUCCGGUGGACCAGGGCCAUCUCCUUUGGAUAUUGCUCGCACCCCUCAACAGAGAGCGAAUACAACAACUUUUACUCAAAGGGAUUUGGAGCCGGGUUUCGCUCACGAUAUUUGGGUGGGAAUUUCACGAGAAGUUGCGCCCAUUUGACGAGUACUUGCCCGGUCACCGUGAUGGAUGUGGAAUGGGGAGGUCAUUCGUUCUGGUGGGACUACGCAAGACUGAAAUCUGGACUGCCGACCCUGUGGCCGCACAAGACCUCAUGACCCGGGCUCAGGACUAUGAAGUACCCAAGGCCAUGAGUUACGCGCUUGGGACGUACGGUCCCAAUGUUCUCACCUCAAAUGGCGACAGAUGGAGGAAACAUCGGAAGAUCAUCACAAGCGUCAUCGACGAGCACAUUAUCAGGUCUGUCUUCGAAGAGUCUAUUCGGCAAACUUCGAUGCUCCUGGGCGAUAUUCUUACGCCGACGGAUGGGAAGCGGAAGCUCAAUUCAGCGGAGACGGUGCAACUGUUUGACAUGCUCAAAAAGGUUACCAUCCAUGUGCUCCUUGGCACAAGCAUGGGGGUGGACGUCGGCGACUGGGACAGGAGCAAUCGGACCGUGGAGCCUGGAUACAAGAUGCCACAUGUUGAGUCGCUCAACACCAUGGUGGUGAGCAUAGUGGGGGUGGGAAUGCUAUCGAAAGAGCUCCUCACGUGCUGGCCGCGCUGGCUUCCGUGGCACAAGAAAAUGACGACGGUGGGGUGCGCGAAGAUGGAGGUUGAAAAGCGCAGCAGGGCCAUAUUGAAACAAGAGCGCGAGCGGCGCGCUACAGGAGAGACAACGCCGAAACCCACGAUCGUCAGCAAGAUCGUAGGAGCAUCCGAUGAGGGCAAGGGCUCGGGCGUCGUUCUUACGGAAGCCGAAAUGAUCAGCAACCUCUUCAUCGUGACAGCGGCAGGUUUUGAGACGACAGCAACCACCCUGGCUUAUGCCAUGGUUCUCCUGGCGCGGCAUCCCGAAUGGCAAGACUGGCUCCUGGAGGAGGUCGAUGACCUCAGUCUCAUCAGUGCCGGUACGGCGGCCAACGAGAAAGGGCUGAUGGACUACUCGGCCGUCUUCCCACGCGCAACCCGGACGUUGGCAUUCAUGUUCGAGACACUGAGACUGUUCCCACCGGUGCCCCAUGUGCAUCGGGAAACCACGGCACCUCAGACGCUGCAGACUGCGACGGGCACCAUCCACGUACCCGCUGGCACGAGAGUCUAUGUCAACUCGCUGGCGCUGCACAUUCUCCCGUCAUGGCGCCAUGUCAACCACCAGUCUGAUCCGCCCUUCGUACAGGUGGCAGAAGCGUCACGGGCCGGAGCAACGACGGCCACUGGAGGCGCCGAAGCCACGGAUGAAUACGUGUUUCGGCCGUCAAGGUGGCUCAACCCGCCCGGCUCGGCCCAAGCGCAUUAUCACCCGCCAAAGGGCACAUGGGUGCCGUGGGCAAUGGGACCGCGGGUGUGUCCGGGCAUGAAGAUGGCCCAGGUCGAGUUCGUGGCUGCGAUACUCACGUUGCUGAAACAGCACCGCAUUGAGCGAGUGCCCUUGGGUGACGAAGACUGGGAGGCGGCCGGGGCCAGACUGGACGCGCGGCUACGGGAUAGCCGCUGGGUGACAGUGUUGCAAAUGAAUGACGUGUUUGAGCCGAACGAGGCCAAGGGUGAGGGUUUGCGCCUGAAAAUAGCCAAGCGCAGAUCGACCGAAAUAUCUUAGUUGGGCGGCCCCGAUCAGGUACAGGGGACGGCCGAGAUAGUGGUUCAUUGGCUCAGGUUGAACCGUUGAGGUUAGGGACUAUCUGUACGGUACACGACAUAUAAUACUGUGUAGCAUGGAAUUCGCGUCAGUUCAAUAUGAUCUGCAACUUGCCUCUGCAAAGUCAAACGGGAGAUUGGAUAAGAAGAUGCCAAAGACGCGUCAGCACCUUGGGAGGUGAAGGGGGAGAAAGCAGC